UUUCCCACAAAAUAAAGUUUGUCGUGAAAGCUACAGGAAAAUAUUUGCAGAAAAAUUUAACAUCAGCUUUGGUUAUCCUCGUAAAGAUACUUGCUCAACAUGCGACAAGCUCAAUAUUAUACUUGAAAAUCAAGACACUGCUGCAGAUCAUCAGAUCAUCAAAGCUAGUCACGAAAAAGAACUUCAUUUGCGAAAAGCAGAAAUGUUUUAUACCAGAAAGAGAGAAGCACGUAGUAAUUUAAAAAUUGGUCAUGUAGCUCUUGCUUUUGACUUUGCGAAGAAUAUGAGUUGUCCUAAUGUUUCUACAAAUGAUGUUUAUUAUCGUAGACAGCUCUCUAUGUACACAUUUAAUAUACACUGCUUAGGGUCAAAUUGUGUUCACUUGUUUUGUUACGAUGAAACUUAUGGGCAAAAAGGAGCGGACUAUGUAGCGAGUAUGCUGGAGUACUAUUUUGAAGACAUUAUACCAAAAGAUGUAUCUCAUUUGCAGCUUUUUUGUGAUUCCUGUGCUGGGCAAAAUAAGAACUGGACUGUUAUUCGUUUUUUGCACUUCAAUGUUGUGAAUAAAAAACGGUUUUCACGAAAUAAAGAUAUCUUUCCCAAUAAGAGGCCACAGCUACAUGGAGUGUGACCGAGAUAUGGUGUUAGUUAAUCAGAAGGUUCGAGCAGAGCUACCAGUAAAUUGGAUGGAAGAAUAUCAUACCUGUCGUGAGAAACCUUCGCCAUUUAAAAUUAUCAAGAUGGAACUGAAAAUGUUCUUUAAUUUUUCUGAUCAUGUGAAACAAUUUUACAAAGUUAAAUGUCCAAUACCAACACGUCCUAUACGUGAAAUAAUUUUCUCUCAAGAUUUUCCUACUGUGUUACAAUACAGAUUUAAUUGGAAUGGACCUUUUGAAAGAGUUGCCAUAACAAAAGCUAUAGGAAAAAAGAAGCAGUUAUUGCGAAAACCCCUCACACAUUUGUACAACGAGAGAUUGCCGAUCAGCUGUGCCAAGUAUGCGGACCUUCAAGUUCUAAAAUAUUUUUGCAUGCCAGAGGUCCAGCAGUUUUUUAACGACCUGCCUUACAAAGGUCAGUUAAGUGAUGAUGAAUUAGUAUCAGAAUUGUCUGAAUAUGAGUCAAUUUAAAUUACUGUAACAGUUAGUGAUUAAAGGAAAAAGAUAAAUUUAUUUUGAAGUCA